UCUUGCAAGAGGCCGCAUGUGGACAUGUCUACUCGGACCACUGCGUUUACCAUUACCUACACGGCUACACCGUCGCCUAAUUUGCCAACGCCCGCCGCCGUUCCGAUGGAAACCGCCGCGCCGGCGCGCGUCCAAGCCCUCGCUGAGGCCGGCGUGUCCCGCCUCCCGGCGCAGUACAUCCAGCCGCCUGAGCACCGACCAACCCCCUCGCCUUCUCCUAUUGCCGCGGCGCUCUCCGUGCCGGUCGUCGACCUCUCAACCUCCACCGCCGACGACGCCGUCCGCGCCGCGUGCGCGGACUGGGGCGCCUUUCACGUGGUCGGCCACGGCGUGCCGGUGGAUCUCCUCGACGCGGUGCGCGCGGCAGGGCUCGCCUUCUUCCGCGCGCCCAUGGAGGACAAACUCCGGUUCGCCUGCGACCCGGCCAGGGGCGCCGCCUCGGAAGGGUACGGCAGCCGCAUGCUCGCCAACGACGACUCCGUGCUCGACUGGCGCGACUACUUUGACCACCACACGCUCCCGGAGUCCCGCUGUGAUCCCGCCCGCUGGCCCGACUUCGUCCCCGGUUACAGAGAUACUAUUGCAAAAUACAGCAACAGCAUGAAGGAUCUUGCUCAAAAAUUGUUGUGCAUCAUCUCAGAAAAUCUGAGCCUACCACCAUCUUAUAUACAAGAGGCGGUUGGAGAAGUUUUCCAGAACAUUACUAUUAGCUACUAUUCUCCGUGUCCACAACCUGAUCUUGCUCUUGGAUUACAAUCUCAUUCUGAUAUGGGCGCAAUAACACUUCUGAUACAAGAUGAUGUUGGUGGGCUUGAAGUAUUAAAGGAUGGAAUGUGGAUACCUGUGCCUGCUUUGCGUGAUGGCAUCCUUGUGAUUCUCGCUGAUCAGACAGAGAUCAUCACCAAUGGAAGAUACAAGAGUUCAGUUCAUCGAGCUGUUGUCAAUGCUGAGCAUGCCCGCUUAUCAGUAGCAACAUUUUAUGAUCCAUCAAAAUCAAGGAAAAUAUGCACUGCCCCGCAGCUUGUGAGUGAGAAUGAACCACAAAAGUAUCGGGAUGUAAUUUAUGGUGACUAUGUCUCAUCUUGGUAUAGCAAAGGUCCAGAGGGCAAGCGAAACAUCGACGCCCUCCUGAUUCAGCACUAGAGCCAUAGUUUUUUUUCCUGCUCAUGUGUUGAGGCCGAGUGGGCAUAGUAGUGUGCAAGGCGGAUGGAAGCAGCCAACCAACUUGACAAUGAAACUCUUGGCUCUGUCACCUGGUUGCAUCACCAAUGGUAUGUCCAUUACUCUGCCUAUUGCUGCCUCCUUAAUUUGAGCCUUUCUCUAUGUGGGGAACUGGGAUCUUUUGUUCUCUCUAUCCUUUCGAUACAAAUGGCUCUUGAAACUCAACCAAGGGGAUGAUGUUCUAACUAUAUUCCUUCAGAUAUCGCCAUUGAACAUGCUAGUGUAUCCCUUAGAGCUCUAGGUUUUGUGAUCCAGCCAACACCCUCUUAAAAAAACUCGGCCAGGGAGGGAAUGACCGCCCUCCCGGUAUAGUAUUAAGAAGAGACUGAAAUAUGGUCCUGGCCGAGAAAAACCCCCGAACCAUGGCUACCCAUCACUAGCGGGCCGUCACCGUCCAUUCUGCAACGGCCUAGCUGGAGGGUGGCACACAGACGUAACCCGAGAGUGGGCGGGGCACAGCGAGGAGAUUUUUUUAACCAAACCAGAAAUUAGCCCCUGAGGGGGAUCGAACCCAGGACCUGGAGGUGGUGCUACUCGGAAGCCUUGACCACUAGGCUAGAGUCCCUUUCGCCCAGUCACCACCCUCUUUCCGCUACAUUUUUGUUGGGAGAAUUCAUAUUCACUCUUAGGGGUAGUUUUAUAGAUAUACAUACUAUUUUUAGGACAUAAUUAACUAUUUGCCAUUGUAUUGCGGUCUGGGUCUAUGAAAUAUGAGUUUUAUGGUAAUUUUGCGGAGCCUAUUUUUUAUAAUGACAAAUAAUAACUUCUCUCUUUUUUUAAGUAUUCAUCGUGCAUCAAGUUGUUAUUCUUCGUACUUCAGCAAUACUACGUGGAUUUGUAUCCUCUGCCUUUUCUAAUCUAUGAAAAACUUUGUCAUACCACAUCUCAGUCGAACAGUUCUAACAAAUAGGCCAAGCCAGUUCAUCUAGGAAAAGAGGCCAAACUGAUUAUCUCACCCGGCCAAGUCGGUUUCUUCAGAUAAACUAGCCGGGCCUUUUUUUUUUUGCUACUAGAGUUUGCGUCUUUGCUGCAUUUUCUCUAUUUCAGCUGUGAUUUGCGCUAUUCUUGUUUUUGUGUUAUGCCUCUGCCCUCUGGUAUCUUUGAUCUUUGCGAGGCCAUAUGCUCAUGAAUUGGCGUAUGUGAUUUCCUUUUGGGUUUUAAGAGCGCUUGAGGUUGUUGGAACAAAGACUAAAUUCUCACGGUUGAAAAUUUUGAAUUGGCUCUCAUUCAACCCCUCCUCUCCCUCUGGUCGCCUGCUUGGUCCUUUAGUAAGACUAACUGUAGUUGAACUUAAGGAUGAGCAGGUGACAAGCCAUGGAUACCCUUAGAACAAUGGACCAAUCUAUGCCCAUCAUAAUGUAUGUAGUCACCCCUAAGUAGUCUAUUGAUCCCUCUAUCAUAAAAUAAAAUAUUUUAUUCAAACAAUGUGGCGGCUUCUUACAAUUCAUACACCAGCUUAAAUAUUGCAUCAUCUCUGAUUACUUGUGUAGAAAAAGUUCCCAUGGAAACCAUAUGGAACUCUUUGAGGCAAAGUAAUUUUUGCUACUGGCUCCUCUGAAAAUCUCUUAGCAUCAAUAAUAUAAACCUACGAAAGAGGAGGAAGCCGAUAAAUUAAUAAAUAUAUGAAAAUAAUGAUAAAUUGUGGCAUGUUUCAGUUUUACUACCUGAGAGAUGUUUGUUCUUUCGUCAUGGACAUAAGUGACUAGCCAUCCAUCAUCUUCGUCGAUUCCGUUUUCUUUCACAACAAACUGAACUCCAGAGCAGAACUGUUGCUCUUGCAAAGUGUGGUAUUCCACAAAGAUCAAUUGUUCGUUUUCCUGGAGAUUUUUCUGGUACUUUAGUUUGUACUAACAAAUAUAUAUUUGGCACUGUGUACAAUACUAAUAGUCACUAACCUUAUCCGGCGUGUCAAAGUGUAGCUUUGCUAUCAUAUUGAACUUAAACAAGCCUAUAUCAUUACACAGAAGUAAUUACAUACAACAUUGAUUCAAGUAAUCUAAAACAACAUGAAGAAAACGUUAAGAUUGCCAACAACUUAAAAACAUUUCAGAGAUCUCUGCAGUAAGUAUGUUACCUGUUUUACUGGUUUCCAACGAGUCAGCAACCUGAGCAUAUCCAUACUUGUUUUGAAUCCCCAUAAAUUUGUCAUUGAUGACAGGGAAAUCCAUUGCGACUUUCUCACUAGUAAUGUAACCUUCAUAUACACUAUGGUUUUCUAAAUUUAACCGCCACUCAUAAGGGCGAGAAAAGAGGAUGCCAUCCAGUGAAGGGUCAAAAUCUUCUGAAUCCUUGUCUGGCUGGAGAAAUGCUCUUCCAUACCAUUUUGAUUUGUCAGCUCUAUGACGUCCACUAGGGAGAAUAGAACCAAGCAGUCGACAGCCUCUGAUGACAACCUGUGCAUAUCCUUUUUGUCAAAGUAGAUAUAAAACAUGAAGAUAUGAACAACUCAUGAUACGUUAUUUCAUCCAUAGAAGGGAUAUUUUCGUAUGGAAGUUCGGAUUAUGAUGGUAUAUAUCUGUCAUGGUGUAUUUAGAUUUUAUAGGAAUUACCUCAUUUCCAUCCUCAAAGCAGUUAAACAAAUGGUAGCUGCAGUGGUUCUUGACAUCGAACCAUAUGAUGGACUCGGCAUCGCCAAAACGAGGCAUUACCCCGAACCGUGAUUUCCCAUCCAUAUCAUUUUCGAUAAGUCUAAAGAUAAACAUGCGCACAUUAUUAUGGCAGAAUUUGUAGUAUACCCCCAAAAUUAAAUGUGGUUCAAUUCCCACGGUAAAGAUGGUGCAUGCAGAGUCCACUCACGGCUUUUUUAAGAACACCCUGGAUAUGCCGAAUUUGAGAGGAUGGUCCAUUAUAAUAUUGUACCUACAAUUUAUGAAAUGGAAUAAUUGUUUAAGAAGAAGUGAUGUUUAAAAUAGAUCUAAAAACUGGAUUAAACAAAAUAAAGCAUAUAUACCUUUUAGUUACUCCAAUGUCAUGGAUGAGUUUCCCUUCCUCAAAUUUGAGAUCAACCUUAUGGACAAGCCUCUCGCCGUCAGCUUAUUCAUGUGACAGAGCAGCAAUAGUUAAAUGUGGCUGUGAUAGAGUUUGGAUGAUUUUUUUUUUCUUCUUGCACAAAUGGUAGUGUAUUGUAUCAGUGAGCAACUUACAUGAAAUUACUCCAAGCACGUAGUAAGGCUUUUCAGUAUUUGUCCCCAUCAUCACCAGUUCUCCACUCCCUUGAAUUUUCUGCACAAACAAGUCAUUAUGGGAGCAUGUGUGUUGUUGUUGAAGGGUUAUUUAGUUAUCUAAUAUGAAUCAAAUGCUCCAUUCCUGCGUGCAAAUUGACAAAUUGUGAACGACUUAUUGGUUUCUCUGAUAGAAAAACCAAUCCGGACAGGAGAAAGGAGCAGAGGUAGGAAUGAGAAGCGGAGGGGACGGGUAGAACGAAGUCUCCCUUUCCUUCUUGCAAGUUAGAAGUUUGUAGGAGCAACGUUUGACAUGUGCCGUUCCAUUACCUUGGGGUGACUAGUGAAAGGUUGGUUCCAAGCUCCAUUGACGCUGUAGGGUCCCAGUGUACUGAGAUUACUGAUGUUGAUCUCGUAAGGCAGAUGGUUCUCGGUGACAGCAAAAGCUCUUCCCGCGUGCUCGAAUAUGUUUGUAUUUGCGCUGUCCUUGACAGCUUUUCCAAAUCUCAACUGCAAUACACCAUGGAAGAAGAAGAAGAAGCUAGCGAUGUAGCAGUUGCUUUUCUGAUUUCCAAGAGAUUAUUGAAGCGGAUCUAUCUUAUUCUGUUCA